AUGGCACUCUUAACACCCCAGGGAGUGGAAAAAGUCUUCCAAUUUCAGAAACCAGAAGGUCGGGAGCACCUACGGAGACUGCUGAGCUGGGAAGAGUUUGACGAACUGAGAGACGCACGCAGAAGCAUCCUGCUGGAUACCCUCUAUGAGAGCAUCAUCUUUGCCGCAGGCAAAGGCUUCCCGUGGGUGGAGGUGGCCAGCGUGGUCAAGUUUACAGAAGAGCUGCUAAGGGAAACUGAAGGCUGCUCCAUCACUGAGGCUGUGACGAUCCUGGGGAACAAGCUCAGAGAUUACCAGGGGCAGUUCAACACCACCCACCUGCUGGCCCUCUGCGACUACUUCCACAACACCUUCAUCCGCCACUACAAACUCUACCAGUAUGUCCUGGGCCAGGAGCAGGACGUCAACCUGACCGUCACCCACCUGGAGGUGUGUGCGCCGCCCCAGCCCCUCCCGCUGGCCGAGGGCGUGGACAGGGAGAUCUGGAAGCACAAGCAGCAGGUGGCCGAGCUCAGUGCGGCUGAGGGACAGAAGCGCACCAAGGCGCUGCUCCUGAAGGAGGCGCUGCGCCUGGAGCAGGAGCACGCGCUACAGAGGACGUUCUCGGAGGCGUCCGUGCAGCGGAGCCGGGUUCUGAAGAGAGAGGAGUUAGAAAAUCUCAUCAACGAGGCCAUUCAUGUCCAAAUCGAAUGCCUGAAGGAGCUGCUGGAGUAUGAGAUCCAGAUAACUUUUGAUAUUUUGGACCUGAAACUUCAGAAGAAGACUUUAAAUCUCAACGCUCCUAUCCCCUUCCCACUCCCCAUCACUGCUCAGCCAGCUCAAGAGGACUCUCUUAAGUUCUACAAAGCAAACAAAGGAAAGAAAGCAAAAGCAAAGAAGUAG